CUCUGGUUGGGUGGGAGUGGAAAACUGGCUUUUGAAUUGCUUAAAUUCCCAAGGACUUCUUGCCACUCAGGAAAACCUCUUGAGACUCCCCUCCCCCCUCAAAUGGACCAAUAUUAAAGUCUUUGAUGAAAGAACUGUGUUAUCCAUGAAAGUCCCCUGUUGUGGGAUUGAUCAGUUUCAUUGACUGGACUCUCCACCCCCUCUUGCGUACCCAGAUAUAGUUUGAACACACUCAGCUAAGUUCAAAACAGGAGGGGGGAGUACCUCGAAAGAGGCCAUCUUGAAUUGGAGGCUGUCUCUGCAAAUGAAAAUGGAGCAACAGACUCCGUCAGGGAUAGGGAAAGUAGCAGAAGGCCCAGAAAAAGUGUCUCAGACCAGCCAGCCCGACUGUGUUGGAGAUUUCCCAAGGUGCCUUGCAUCAAAAUGGCUUAAGCAGGAUCUUGAGGAAGGACAGAUCAAGGAAUGGGAAGGCCAAUGGCAGGAAUUCUUGAAGACCUUAGAUUGCCCUCCGGGAUGGGGAAACCCACCAGCAAAAGACCCUGGACCCUGGGAUGAUGCCAAGACCUUUUUGGCCUCCUUUGAGCAAGUGGCUGAAGCCUGCCAGUGGCCAAGAGAAGAGUGGGCGGCCCGGCUCCUGCCAGCGCUGAGCGGAGAAGCCGAGCAGGCCGUUACCAUCCUAGAAGUCAAAGACAGGGUGGACUAUGGGAAGGUGAAAGCUGCCAUCUUGAGAGGGGACGCUAUCAAAAUGGAGACGCAGCGCCAACACUUCCGGCAGUUCCGCUACCAGGACAUCGAAGACCCACGGAGGGUUUACAGCCAACUCCAGGAGCUUUGCCGCCGGUGGCUGAAGCCGGAGAGGCGCACCAAGGAACAGAUCUUGGAACUGCUGAUCCUGGAGCAAUUCCUGGCCAUCCUGCCUCCAGAAAUCCAGAACUGGGUCCGGGAAUGUGGUCCAGAGAGCUGCAUCCAGACAGCCAGUCUGGCGGAGGACUUCCUGAUGAGCCAGCAGGAGACAGAGACGUGGAAAUGGCAGGUCUUGGUGCCAUCAAAGGAUGUGAUCCCAAGUAUGGUGGGCUCUGGGAAGAGGGACCUCUACGUGGACCCCAAGCCAGGGGGUGGAGCGGAUGCUGGUCUGUCAGAUGGUGGUACGACGGCCUCCGGUCACGCCACAUCACUGCUUCCUCUGGAGGGUUGGGAACCCACUGAAACAGGGCCAACUGAGGGAUCGGUGGACUUUGAACUCGCCGUCCACUUCACUGAGGGUGAAUGGGCCCCGCUGGAUCCGGGCCAGAGAGCUGUGUACAGAGAAGUGUUACAAGACAAUUACGGGCAUGCAACCUCACUGGAUAACAGGACCCCGACUGAGAUCAAAGUGGAGAAUUUUCAGUGGGACGGUCCUGAGGCGGCUGGAUCACAGGAGGUCUUCCCAGAGAGAUCCCCCGGAUCCAUGAAACCCGAGACCCACAAAGAAAGAGGUGAUUUGGAGAGGCGUCAAGGCAGGAGGGCCAUACAGAGAUGGCGCGGAUCAGCUCAGUUCGUGGAAGGUCUGCGAUCCUUUAACAAACGGGCGUCUCAGGAGGCCGAGAGAAAACACCUGUGCCCCGAAUGUGGGAAAAGAUUUCAUUACCGGUCCCAACUAGCAAAACAUCAGAUGAUCCAUACAGGUUUAAAGCCUUACAAGUGCAUUGUCUGUGGGAAAAACUUUCAACGGAAAGAUAACCUCCUCGCGCAUCAGAAAAUCCACACGGGGAACAAGCCGUACAGCUGCUCCGAGUGCAAGAAAAGCUUCUACGACAGAGGCAAGCUACUUCGGCACCAGAAGGUCCACACAGGAGAGAAACCUUUUGACUGCCCUGGGUGCGAGAAAAGCUUCCCACGGAAAGGGAACCUCCUCGCGCAUCAGACGAUCCAUACGGGCGAGAGGCCAUAUGAGUGCCUCGAGUGCGGGAGGUGCUUCUGUGAGAGGGUCCGGCUGAGCAGACAUCAAAGGAUCCACACCGGUGAAAAACCUUACGACUGUCCUUGGUGCGGGAAGAGGUUCCGAAGGAAAGGAAAUCUGGCCGCGCACCAGAAAAUCCACACCGGUGAGAGGCCGUACUCCUGUUCCGAGUGCGAGAAAAGCUUCAGCGAGAAAGCCAAACUGAUUCGUCACCAGAGGGUUCACACAGGAGAGAAACCGUACUCUUGCCCGAUGUGUGGGAAAUGCUUCAAUCAGAGAGAGACCCUGAUGAGGCACUGGCGAGUCCAUACAGGGGAGAAGCCGUAUGAAUGUCUAGAAUGCGGGGAAAGCUUUGGUCAGAAAGAGACUCUCCUUAGACAUCAGAGAAUUCACACGGGAGAAAAUAUUAUUAGUGUUCUGAAGAGAGGGGAGAAGAUUCACAUGGAAAGGGAGCUGAUUGUGUGGCUCAUACACAGGUUGUAUGGGAUGGAGCACUAUGCCAAUACAGUCUGCCAUUCGAAUGGCAAUGACAGGGCAAAGUUCUGCUACUCUGAAACAAGACCCCAGCAAUCUGCUUUUGGAGAUCUGCCCAUCUUAACCAUGGACAGCGAAAAUGGGAAAGUGCAAGAGGCGAUCAUGCAGGAAGUGUUAGAGGUGCAUCUGACUGACCUUAAAAAAGAGAGAGCGCGUGAGGGAGGACUGGAGGAUCUGAUGGGCAGCAAGGAGAUACCACAGAAGGAGGAAAAGGAGACCAUGACCAGCAGAGCGUUACCAGUAAAAGAGGAAAAGGAAUGCCUGAAAAGUGCUGAAUUGAUGGAGAAGCUGACCGACUUGCCCGAAAGGAGAGGCAACGAGCUUAAAGCAGAGGACGAGAGCGGCAGCAAAGAGUUAGUGAUAGAUGAGAAAGAGGAGGAGCAGCACAGAAAUGACGACAAGGCUUUGGGGUCACUGGAUUCCGAAGGAAAAGCAUCGGGAACACAGAGUGCAGAAAAGGGGGCUGCUGAUGAAGAGAGUAGCAGUGAGGAGAUAGUGGAGGCUGGAAGCAUCGGGAGCAGGGAGGAUGAAAGUUUCCCAACUCUGGGAAUUGAAGAAAUACGUAAGAGAUAUGGUGACUUAUGUCAGAGCAACACAGCCUUCCAGGAGAUGAUGUUGAGUCUCAAAGCUGGCUGGCUAGGGGAGAACAAGGCAAGGGAGCCUUCUUUGGGAAGCUCGGAUCGUCUGCAGCUGAACCGGAUGAUGUGGGGGGGAGAUGAAGUCAGCUUCCCCAGAGGGGAAGGUCAGGCAGGUGCCUCCGAAGGUGGCCUGCUGGAGAACAGAGGGCCAAUCUCGAUUCCUUUUGGAGGAGGCUUCUUCGAUUUCAGUGAGUUUGCGGUCCAGCAAAGUUUUCUCCAGAAGAAAAACCAAGAGAUCGCGAAGAACUUUGGGGCGAGUCUGAGCCAGAGCUCCCAGAUUGGGGCGCCAGAGAAAGGCCCGACGGUUGAAAAACCGUAUCAGUGUAAUGAAUGCGGGAAGUGCUUUGGGAAGCGGUCAACCCUAAAUACACAUGUGAGAACCCACACGGGAGAGAAACCGUACAAGUGUUCGCAUUGCGAUAAGCGGUUCUGCCAGAACUCCCACCUUCAGCUGCACGAGAGGACCCACACAGGCGAGAAGCCCUACAAAUGCCUGUUGUGUGAGAAGAGUUACAACCAGCGUUCGAGCCUCAUUAUCCAUGAGCGUAGCCACACUGGCGAGAAGCCGUACACUUGCAUGGAGUGCGGGAAGAGCUUCAGCCAGAAGGCCACCCUUGUCCUGCACGAGAAGAGCCAUCGGGGAGAGAAGCCCUACAAAUGUCUCGAGUGCGGGAAGGGGUUCAGUCUGAGCGCCGAUCUCAUAAGACACCAGAGCAUCCACACGGGAGAGAAGCCAUACACUUGCUCCGAGUGUGGGAAAAGCUUCAGCCAGAAUUCCCACCUCAUGGCUCAUAUCCGGACCCACACGGGUGAGAAGCCGCAUAAAUGUCUAGAGUGCGGGAAAGGUUUCAAUUGGAGCUCGGAGCUGAUCGCCCACGAGCGGAUUCACACGGGCGAGAAGCCGUACCAAUGCAUGUACUGCGAGAAGAGCUUCAGCGUCCGUUCGAGUCUUAGCAAGCACGAGAGAACCCACACGGGAGAAAAACCGCAUAUUUGCCUCCACUGCGGAAAAGGUUUCAUCCAACGAUCUAGCCUGGUGGCGCAUGAGAGGUCCCACACGGGUGAGAAACCCUACAUGUGUUUGGAUUGUGGGAAGUGUUUCCGGGAGAGCUCCCAGCUCAUCGCUCACGAGCGAACGCACACAAGCGAAAAGCCGUACGUGUGCCCGGAGUGUGGAAGCUGCUUCAAGGCUAAGGCAGCCAUGAUCCGCCAUCAGCGAAGCCACCUGGGCGUCAACUCUUUUAUAUGCGCCGACUGCGGGAAGAUAUUCUCGUCGAGCGCAGAGAACCCAGAAAAAUGCCCCGAGUGUGUGAGUCUGAGUCUGAUGUCGGAACUCUCACAGGGGUCAGAAGAGACCUAUGCAGAGGCAAUGGAAGACGAGAGCGAUGGAAUUAAAAACUGAAAA